AUGGUGUUUCACAGUCAUUACAUGGUAACUGAUAAAAAGGGUAUUAUUCAUAGUUUAUGUUGUUAUAAAGAUUGUAGUAAUCCUCAGGCUACUAUAAAUGAAGAAGAAUCUGAAAAAGAUAAUAAUAAUAUUAUAGAAAAUACUACUACAACAACAACUACAACAACAACAAAUACAACAAAUACAACAAAUACUACUACAACUACAACUACUACUACAAGAGAUUUAUUGACAAAAUCUGAUGAUAAAUAUUUAUCAAAAAAUGAAAAAGAUGAAAAAAUUCGAAAGAAACCAUCAUUAGAAAAUUUAGAAAAUGAAACUGAAAAAUUUGAUAAUCCAGAAACAUUUAUAAGAUCAAAAAAACCUUCACAAAAGAAAGUUCCUAUAUUUAAAUUAAAAAUUCCUUCAGAUAUUGUUAGUGAAAGUUAUCGUAAAAGAUAUAAAGCUUAUAAAGCGGCUAUUAUGAAGAAUCCUAUUCAAUCCGGUUAUUCAUCUGAUGAAUUUAUUGAAAUGGAUACUGAUACAGAAUUAGAUUCAGUUUCAACAAAACCUGCUGAAAAAAAUUUUCAAAUUUCCGAUAAAGUUGAUAAUAAAGAAUUUAAUGAAAAAGAAUGUUUUGAAAUUGAUGCUGCAGAAUUUUCUACUUUACCAGAAGAUUGUGAUAUACAUGAUAACACUAUAACAGAUUCUUCAAAUUCAGAUGAUAAUUUUAUUCCUGAUAUAAAAUCGCAACAAAAGUCGAAUCAGGAUUCGAUAGAACCUUUUCAUAAAGCUGUUGAAGAUGCGCGAAGGUCUAUGAUCACUUUAAUUGAUAAAUUUUGUUUUGAACAGGAUUCUUCAUCACCAGUGGUUCAAUCAUCUCAAGCUCAAGUUCAAUCAUCUCAAGAAAAUCGUUUAAAUACAUGCAAAGAAGAUCAGAAAAUUUCAAUAACGCAAGGAGAGUUGGCCGUCGUAACAAAUAUUGCCAAUACUGAUAAAACUUCUUUUAUAAAGAACAAAAAGAACAAAAAGAAGGGUAAACAGGCAAGAUCACAAUUCGGAACUCCAGAAUUUCCCAUUGAUUUAGAUAACGAUGAUAAUGUUAGACCACGAGUAAAAUCGCCUAUAUUAAGUGAUGAUGAAAAUAAUGUAAUGAACGAAAGAAUUUCUUUAAAUUCUAGAUUGAAAUCUGUUCAAACUCAAGAUAAUUUAAUGAUAAAUUGGUUCGAUCGGGAUGAUUUCAAAAAAUUUAUGUUGAAUACUGCUAAACAUCGAUUAGAAGAGCUCGAUAAUGAUGGUCAAAAUUCCAAAAAACGUGUUAAAGGUAGCGAACGUUCCUCAUCAAGUUUUCGAAAUUCAUACGCCUUUUCGAAUGAUCAAAAUGAUCAUAUUGGGUCGUCUAUAGUUCAAAUACCUGUCUUUAAAAAUCCAAAGUAUUUGGAGUUAGCUCUCACUCACAGAUCAGUUCUCCCUGAUCAUCAAAAUUGUUUUGAUUAUGUGAGACUUGAAAUUUUUGGUGAUUGUAUUUUAAGUACAACAAUUUCACAAAUGGCGUAUGAAAAAUUUAAAGAUCAAUUAACACCGGAUUUACUUGAACAAAUUCACAAUUAUUUAUGUAGUAAUUAUAGACUUUGUAAAUUUGCCAAGAUGUUGAAAUUACAAGAUCUAGUUUAUGCUAGAAAAUCAUUUUUGAGUGAAAAAGAAAUAGCUAAUGUUUUGACGUCAUUAUUGGCAGCUAUAAUUAUGGAUGGUGGAAGGGAAGUUGCUGUUGAUUUUAUUAGAAAACUUAUUGGACCUACUAUGGAUAAUUUGGUGAGAAAUGGAAAGUUUGUAGGAAUACAGAUUAAUGAUACGAAUGAGAAAAUACAAAUUAAAAAUGUGGUGGAUGAUCAACAUGGAAAUUUUUUCAUCUAA